CGUGCCAUGCACGGCUUGACAUAUACGACCUGUCGAUCUCGAUCUCCUCUCCGUCCUCCUCGAUCGUUCGGCAUAAAGCAGUCUCCACUGCAACCCGGCUCGAUCUCUCUCUCGGUUGCAGGGUGAGACCGUCCGACGCGCAUCGCCGCGUCGAAGUGGUACGUGUAUAUAGGUUGGGAGCCGAGCUCGAUUGCGGGAUGGUGCUGAGGGCGUGCACAAUGGUGGAGGGGUCAGCUGGUUUCGGCGGCGGCGCCGUGCCGUUCUUCGAGUGGCUCAAGCCGCCGCCGUCGUCGCCGUCCUCCUCGUCGACGUCGACGACGUCUUCCUCCCUCACGGCCGCGCCGUCGAGGGGUGAAGAGGAUGCACGCGAUGCUGGUACCAUGCUGUGCUUGCCUCUUCUUGGCAGGCUCGGUGAGGAGCCUGUUCCUGAUGAUCAUGUCGGGACGAUGAACAAUCCUGUCAAAGAAGAGGUGAGCAAUAAUACCACGGACGACGCCGGCGUUGACCUCAACAUCGGCUUGCUGGCGAGCGGCGGCGGCUGUAGCUCCGAUGAUACGCCCAUGGAUGAAGACGAUGAUGACGACGAGGAGGAGACGGAGGACGAGGAGAAGGCAGCUGGGCAUGAGAAGUGGAAGGUGGAAGAAAGAGAGGAAGUGCAUAGUGAGGGAUCGAACUACGUCGUGUCCAUGGGAGUGGAGGAGAGCAGCAAGGCCGGCGAUGUCGACGCCGGCGGCCGCACCCGGCGGUAUUGGAUCCCGACGCCGGCGCAGAUACUCAUCGGCCCGGUGCAGUUCGUCUGCCAUGUCUGCAACAAGGCCUUCAACCGAUACAACAACAUGCAGAUGCACAUGUGGGGGCACGGGCGAGAGUACAGGAAGGGGCCGGAGUCGCUGAAGGGGACGCAGGCGACGGCGACGCUGGCCAUGCUGAAGCUGCCGUGCUACUGCUGCGCGGCGGGGUGCCGGAACAGCGUCGUCCACCCGCGGGCGCGGCCGCUCAAGGACUUCCGCACGCUGCAGACGCACUACAAGCGCAAGCACGGCGCCAAGCCCUUCGCCUGCCGCCGCUGCGGCAAGCCCUUCGCCGUCAAGGGCGACUGGCGCACGCACGAGAAGAACUGCGGCAAGCGCUGGUUCUGCGCCUGCGGCUCCGACUUCAAGCACAAGCGCUCCCUCAACGACCACGUCCGCUCCUUCGGCGGCGGCCACUUCCCCGUCGCCGCCGCCGCCGCGCCGCCCAAGCAGCAGCAGCGAGUCAUACACUUCGACGACCACCGAGCUGCCGCCAUGGCGCCGCCUGUGCGUCAUGACGGAAGAUUAAUUAACUGACAGUGUUAAUUACUUCUUGAUCGUUAGCUAGCUAUAGCUAAUUGCACGUACACACUUCCCCCUUAAUCACACCACCCCCACACACAAAUGCAAUAAGAUCAUGGAGCUAGGUUGCCAAGGACAAUCUAAAGGCAGUGACGCAGCUGAAUUUUCUUCUGGAUGGAUGUUUAGUGGAGUUGCAUGUGGAGACUGAUCACACACACAAUUAAGGUUAGUUACCCGCAGCUUAGAAAUUUACAAGGAAGAAAAUUUGUCAGCUUCACAGCCUAACGCUGGUUUGCAUUGGCAACCAAUGUAUCAAUGUAUCAUCACUCAUGCAUGACUUUUAUUUUAAGAAGAUCUGUUAAGUAAUCCGU